UUUUUUCACCCUAUAUAUAAUACUCAGACCCAUUUAACGGCUUUCGAUGUUGCUAGCCGAGCACGUUGGUUGACGGAGCGGAGGUUCGGCUACUUUCUAUAAUACAAGUCCUCAUAUUUCCUUAUUGUAUUAAUAAAAAAUAAUUUACAGAGGUAUAUUAAAUAUAAAUGUAUGCAUAUCUGCGUAUUCUACACAAAAUAAAGGCGCUGUUUUAAUAUUUCAGAUUAAAACAUAAAAUGUGCCCACGUUUAAAAAAUAAUAGACAUUCAUAGAAAUAGGGACUUUAAUUUUAGGCAGGUCUUCAGUGUGAAAGAGAUUCCUGUCAGAUUUCACCUCUUUAUUUUACAAUAGUUCUGGACCUGGUUUGUUUAGUUUGUGAUAUAAAUCAAAGCUGCGAUGGCUUUUUUGUCUCUAAACACACUGAGACAGGUUUUGCGGACCAUGGUGGACACGCCGGGGUUUGACCGUGUUUUAAACAAGGUUGAACUGGUGUCAGCUACUCCUGGUAAGGUGAUCUGUGAGAUGAAGGUGGAAGAGGAGCACACAAACCGACUAGGGAUGCUGCAUGGAGGAAUGACCGCUACUCUGAUCGAUAUCAUUUCCACCACUGCACUGAUGUACACCGAGAGAGGCGCCCCAGGGGUCAGCGUGGACAUGAACAUCACGUAUAUGACUGCAGCCAAAGUUGGAGAAGAUGUUGUGAUCACAGCCCAGGUGUUAAAGGAAGGAAGAACUCUGGCAUUUACAACUGUGGAUCUGAUAAACAAAGCUAAUGGAAAACUAAUUGCCCAGGGCCGGCACACAAAGCAUCUUGGCAGCUAAUUGCAAACAUAUCUUGAAUCUCAAAAAUUGAUGUUUUGUUACACUGUGCUGUACAUAAUGUGUAGAGUUAUAAUAAAGUACCACAACAAGA